UUCAGUUAUUUAGGGUUGAACAACUGUACAGUGGGUCACGUGACGGCAUCUGCUGCUGGCUGAGCGAAGCGUGUUAGCAGGUAAAGAAAUUAAAAGAUUUUUCUAUUUUGUACAUACAUUGUUUUGUAUAUACUGUAUAUGAUGACUUCAGUGGUCAGCAAUCCAGCUCGAGGAACUCGGGACAGAGCGCUGCCCACUACCACACAAACCACACACCCACAGAAACAGAUACAAGCCACAGCAGAACAGAUUCGGCUUGCCCAGAUGAUCUAUGACAAAAAUGAUGCUGACUUUGAGGAUAAGGUCAAACAGCUGAUUGAGGUGACUGGGAAGACCCAAGAUGAGUGCAUGGUGGCCCUCCAUGACUGCAAUGAGGAUGUCAACAGAGCCAUCAAUUUCCUGCUGGAAAGCACCUCUGACACAACCACCUGGGAGACAGUUGGGAAAAAGGUGCGAGGGAAGGAGGGGGGUCCCUCGGAGGUGAAGGACUACCGAGAGAAGAGAGGAGAUCGCGAGGCAAGCCGGAGCCGCGGAGUCCCCAACAGGAGGGGCCGUGGAGCCAACCGCAGCAGAGAGGUUCGGCCAGAAGAGAAUGGGUUUGAAAUGUGUUCUGGGGAUAAAGUGGCCGACCGUGGUCGCAGGGGGAUGGGCGUUGCUGGCAGAGGGUUGGGGGGUCGCGGAAGGGGAAGAGCAGCUGGUGGUAACAGGUUCUCCUCUCAGGGGAUGGGGAUCUUCAACCCCGCCGACUACAACGCUAACUCUAGCAGGUCUCGCCAGGAAACUUGGGAAGCAGAGGGGAACGAAGGUGGAGAUGGUAUAGGAGGAACAUGGAGAGGCAACUUGGAAGACUGGGCUGCAGAAGACUGGAAUGAGGAUCUGUCUGAAACCAAAGUGUUCACUGCCUCUGCUCCUGCGAACCACAUCACAUCUGGACACAAUGUGGACAUGGGCUCGCUGCUGCCCAAGACGGGCAGUGUGGAGACGGAUCUGGGUGGCAUGGAGCCCCCUGCCCCUGUGUGCGUGGGGGGCCAGAGCCUGGUGUUCACCAACUCUCACCACAACUGCGCUCGCACCGCCACACACAGCUAUGCUAGUGCUGCCUCUGGCACUAGCUACACCCACGGUGCCCUGUCCUCAGUCCUUGGCUCUGGAUUUGGGGCUCUGAGUGGGCCCAAGCUGAACCCGGGUGAGGUUAGGAUACCAGAGCAGCUCAACGGGCCCCAGCUCACCCCGCGGACCCAUCAGCAGCUGGUCACCGCGGGCAACAGCAGUGUCGCCAAAGAAUCCAGUCCACCUGCAGUUCAAGGCUCCGCCCCCAUUUCUGCCAGCGAAACCAAGGCCCCGAGAGUGGAGAAGGGCCCUGUUCUAACCUCUCACUUGGAUCUAAAGAUGCAGCCGGAGCCAUCCUCUGUCCUCAGCCAGCUGGCCCAGCGGCAGCAGCAGGCCCAGCAUAGCUCCCUGCCCCAGGCAGAGCCUCUGUCUCUUCCCCCCCAGGUACCUACUCCCCCAGGCCACUACGAUGCCGGGCCCCCGCCUCCCAGAGACGGACCCUCCCUGGACCAUCAGGCUCCCAUGGCUGAACCCCCACAGAGGCAGAUCAAGACCCAGAGACGCAGAGUACCUCCUCUCUCAAAGAUCCCCUCAUCUGCGGUGGAGAUGCCAGGCUCAGCAGAUGUGUCUGGUCUUAACGUGCAGUUUGGGGCCCUGGACUUUGACUCGGAGCCCAGUGUGAUUGACAUGGGCCACCAGGCUGAGCCUGCCAGGGAUCCGGCCCCCACAGCUGUACACCAGCCCCAAAGCAGCUUGUUUUCCAAACCUGGACCAGUCAGUGAGCCCCUUGGCAGCUUGUCAUCCAUGACGCCGUCGAUAUCAGACCCCAGUUUCCCGUCUCUGGGUCUCCCCAGCGCCGCCCCACCCUCCACCUCCUCAGCUAGCAGAGUGGACAACGGCCCCGUGCAGCGCAUGCCCCCCCACCUGGGCUACCCCCAGAGCAAAGACGCCCCCGCCGCCACUCUCACUGUGAGUCACCAACACUGGAUUUGUCAGAAUGGCUAUGGUGGCGUGAGGACACAGGGCCCUGAGGACUCAAUGUCGUUGGCUUCUCGAACCCCUAAGCCCCAAUCACCUCCCAUGAGCAGUGACAGUGUCCCCGUCCACCAUGUUCCCUCCCCAGCCCCCACACCUUCCUACUCUGCCCCUCUGCCAUCUGUCAGCAGUCAUGUGACCAGUACAUACUCGUCAGGAUCUGCCCUCUCCACUAGCUCCUCCCUUACGAUGACCAGUGAGGAGAGCAGUAGUCUCCACGCCUUCUCUUCCUCAUCUGGCCCUUCCAUCAAUGCUGCGGUUAGCAGCUCCAAUGGCAUGAUGCAUGUCCCUGGAGCACCUGGUCUAUCCGCCAAUGGCAACACAACCCUCUCAGCUGCCGGACGCACUGCCCAACCCCAACCCCUGCUGAACACCUCUGGCAAAGCCCCCCCUAACUUGGCCCAAGGACUGCCCCCUCUGCUGGCUAAUCAGUACAUUAUGGGCCCUGGAGGCCUGCUCCCUGCAUACCCGCAGAUCUAUGGAUAUGAGGACCUACAGAUGCUGCAGUCUCGUCUGCCUAUGGACUACUAUGGAGUUGCAUUCCCUGGUACAACCGCAACCAUGCCUGGCAGAGAUGGGCUAGCCAACAAUCCAUACUCAGGUGAAGCGACCAAGUUUGGCAGAGGGGACUCGUCUUCCCCAGCUCCCCCCAACAGCCUGUCUCAAGGCCCCUCCGCUCAGCCCCAGCAGCCCCCCCAGGCUCAGAGCCAAGGUCUGGGACAGAGCCAGGGCCAGCAGAACCAGGCCUUCCUCAAUCCACCUCUGCCCCCAGGCUACGGCUACACCGGCCUUCCUUACUACGCCGGCAUGCCCGGGGUGCCCAGCGCCUUCCAGUACGGCCCCACCGUUUUUGUGCCUCCGGCCUCGGCCAAGCAGCCCAACAUGGGCUUGGGGAACCCCUCCAGCCAGUACCACCAACAGCAUCAGCCUAGCUACGGCCAGCACGCGUAUGGAACAGCUUUUGACGACCUGUCUCAGGGCCACGCGGGGGAGUACAGUAAGGGAGGGUACGGAGGCUCUGCCCAGUCACAGGCCAAAUCAGCUGGCAGCGGCCCAGGGAAAGCUCCAGGUUUGUCCAGCUCAGGCAGCAGUGGAGGGGUGCCCGAUAUUGGUGCUUCAAUGUACAGCAAGACACAGUCUUUUGAUAAGCAGGGCUUCCACGCAGGAACGCCCCCUCCCUUCAGCCUGCCGUCUGCGCUGGGGGGCACGGGCCCUCUGAACCCCGGGGGUGCCCCCGGUUACGCCCCGCCACCCUUCCUCCACAUUCUGCCUGCCCACCAGCAGCCACACUCCCAGUUGCUACACCACCACCUCACCCAAGACGGACAGGGUGGUCCGGGUCAGCGCAAUCAGUCCAGCAGCAUGCAGCAGAAGAGCCAGGGCAGUAAGUCCAGUUAUGGAAGCCCUUACUGGGCCAACUGAAGGGUACCCCUGGGGAGUCUGUCCUGGCCCCCCAUACUAAAGGCUGUGUGUGUGUGUCCCUUCUCCAACUCCCCCAUUCAUUUUUCUUUUCCUUUUUCAAAAUUGGUUGUACAUGUAAGAUAUUUAUGUAUGUAUUUAUAUAUAUAUAUACUGUAUAUGUAAUAGUAGAACAUGAAAUGUGGUUGCUGCAUUUUAUUUUUGAAAGAUGUUUUUGUUUACUUUUUCAAAGCUGCAGGAAGAUAUUACAAAAAAUACAUCUGAGAACUCCUAUAGAGGAAAAUGGAAAAGGAGAGAGCUUUAGCACUGAGCGAAAUGAGGACCUCGGAUGGGGGGUUUCCACAUUAACGAACUACAUUUGUCUCCUUUUUUUUUUUAUACACAACUCUUGAGUUAUCCAGCUUAUCCCCUUCAUUUUCAUCCUUUUUAAAACUUCACCCUCCUUUUACUCAGUUUUCUGUUUCUGAUUGGGUAGCUCUGGCAAGGGGGGCUGCCUCUGUGCCUUCCGCUGCAUCGAUACGCCUCAAAGACCUGCCCAUUAAAAUUAUAUAUUUUAAUUUCAUUUUAACCGUUUCCAUCUGAAUAAAGUUCUGAGCAGUAAUAAUUUUGCCCAAGUUCAUUCUUGUCAUUUAGUUUGUGAGGUACUGAUUUUUGAGGGCAGACUGGACUUAGAUGUUGUGAUUGAAUGUGUGAUUUGUUGUUGACCCUGAACUGACCAGGGCUACCGCACACCACCUUUGUACUUGAGCGCCAUCCAUACCGCUGACCCAGAAAAGCAGAGAUGCUUAUUGUACAAUGGCUAAUCUGGAGACGAAAGAAACGGCCACUUGUUUAGGUGAGGUUCUGGCCUGCGGAGUAGAACACGUGUUUAGGUGAGGUUCUGGCCUGCGGAGUAGAACACGUGUUUAGGUGAGGUUCUGGCCUGCGGAGUAGAACACUUGUUUAGGUGAGGUUCUGGCCUGCGGAGUAGAACACUUGUUUAGGUGAGGUUCUGGCUAGCGGAGUAGAACACUUGUUUAGGUGAGGUUCUGGCUAGCGGAGUAGAACACUUG